UCACCGGCUUCUUCAACAGAGGAAGAACAGGAAUUCAAACUCAGGGCCAAGUAUCCUCUUAAUAGACAAGGAAUUGGAUCACUCAUUCUUCAAAAACGGCUUAAUAAAGGGCAUAAAUAUUUUGAUUCCGGCGACUAUAACAUGGCCAAAGCGAAGAUUUUAGCACACAAGGCCUGUGUAUUGCCUGCCCAGACCGAGGAAGCUAUUUUACAUGAAUCUACUGGUGAAACAAUGGCAACUCCUGACAGUGUUCCCGCCGUUAGAAAGAAAUCUUUAUUCCCCUCCACAGGAGAAGCGGUACCUCCGGCGGCUACAACGCAAAUGUGA